GUGGAUUGCUCUGACCCUUAUACUUUUUGAUGAGUUGUUCCUUAGGGACUAUAGAAUUCAAACCAUGUUAUUCUCUUAAAGAGAUGUUUUAAGGUAUCAAAGCACUCUAGUAGUUCUUGAAAGGUCCCCAAAAAUGCAAAUUUUAAAGUUAACUUCUUCAAAGCCUCACAAUUAUUCUCGUUUGACAAGCUUUAUAAUACUAUCAUUUUCAAUAUGCAUACUCUACUUUCUCGUCUGUUUAAUGCUCGUACACACCAAGUUUGUGAACACAUAUUUUUCAUCCCAAGACGUGUUUUCGCAGCCGAGCACCACCUCUCUGGAACACAUCGUGUUCGGAAUCGCUUCGAACAAGAACACAUGGGAAAAGAGGAAGGACUACAUUAAGCUAUGGUGGAAACCAGAAAGAAUGAGAGGCUGCGUGUUCCUAGACGAAGAACUCCCACCCGAACGACAACAAUAUUCAAAAAACGACAACAAUACUUCUCUCCCACCUAUAUGCAUAUCCGGAGACACUUCCCGGUUCCGCUACACCUACCGGGGCGGUUACCGGUCUGCUAUUCGAUUGGCACGUGUGGUUGUGGAGACUAUGGCGCUGAACCACUCGGGCGUGAGGUGGUACGUGUUUGGUGACGAUGACACGGUUUUCUUCCCUGAGAAUUUGGUGGAGACUCUUUCCAAGUAUGAUCACGGGCUUUGGUACUACGUAGGGACCAACUCUGAGAUUUAUGAGCAGAACAUCAUGUUUGGGUUUGAUAUGGCUUUUGGUGGUGCUGGCUUUGCUAUAAGCCAUUCUCUAGCUAAAGUUUUGGCCAAAGUUUUUGACUCGUGCAUUGAGAGAUACCCACAUCUUUAUGGUAGUGAUUCUAGAAUAUUUUCUUGCAUAGCUGAGCUUGGCGUUGGGUUAACUCGUGAGCCUGGUUUCCAUCAGAUGGACAUACGAGGCGAUGUAUUUGGUCUAUUGGCUACACAUCCAGUUACUCCCUUGGUAUCAUUGCACCAUUUGGAUCAGACAGAUCCCAUCUUCCCAAACAUGUCUACUCCUCAAGCUCUACAACACUUGUUCAAAGCCACAGAGGUUGAUUCUCAGAGGCUUUUACAGCAAACAAUCUGCUACGACAUAUGGUAUUCAUGGACAAUCGUAGUGUCUUGGGGUUACGCCGUUCAAAUCUAUGGAAGGCAUAUGUUUCUGCCGGACGUCCUCCAUCCGCCGGAGACGUUCCGGCGGUGGAAAAUCAAGGGGAAUUCUCCUCUUUCGGGGCUUUAUAGUUUCACCACUAGAGAACUUCACCCGGACACGUGUCGAAGACCCACCAUCUUCUUUCUUGAUGACGUGUCAUCGUCAGGCAGGAGCGGUGAAGAUAUCAAGAGUACCUACCGACAAGCCUAUGUGAAUUGCUCAAUCGACGCCGGUUCGCCCAGAAAAUUGAGGGAGGUCAGAGUCUUCUCCCAUAAGUUGAACCUUGAUAUCAACCAGUUGAAGGCUCCGAGAAGGCAUUGUUGUGACGUGUUACCUUCUAAAAGUGGUGAAGCAGUGGACGUGGCCAUUAGAGAAUGCAAGCAAGAAGAGUUGAUAAACAUGCAUCCAUAACCCUAUCAUGUUAUUAUUAUAUACAAAAUUAAAUAGGAUACAUUUGGAGUGUUUUGAUUGAAUAGGAUAGGGAAAUCAUCAUAUUUAUAGAAAUUAAUUUAUUUAUUGGCCAUUGGAGUUCAUUAAUUUAGUUUUCAUCCCGAAAGAUGUAAUUUUGUAGAUGUAGGAUUUUAUUUUCAUUUUUCUAUACAUCCUGGAUAGGGAGAACAAAAGUUGUAAAAUUAUAUAUGUUAGAUUAAGGGUUGCUAAAUAUCACUUUGUUUAAAAAAGGGCGUUGUAUAAUUACUUGAAACAAAAUACAAUAACCAUUUUUAGUGUUCA